AUGUAUAACAAAUUUCAUUUAAGAAAUACAAGAAAUGACCUUCAACAACGUCCUCCUAUUCGGUAUAACAAAGGAAUAACGCAACCAAUAAUCUUAUCCAAUAAUCAAUUUAUACCUACCCUCAAUAGGCAAAUAUAUUCUAUUAAUGGCACAGGUCCAUGUAAUAAUACAUUACUUUCAGGAGAAAGUAAGAUUCUAAAUAAUAAACCAAAUUAUCAAUAUAAUGGUAAUCUAUCUAAUAUUCAACAAAAUUUAAAUGGAAUAAUUUAUUAUUCUGUUCAAAGUGGUUCUAUUGCAUAUGGUAGAAGACCUUAUUAUAAUUCUAAUGUUAUUUAUAGUCAACCUAGUAUUAAUAAUUACACUAAAAAUAACCCUCGGAUUUCUACACUUUCUACAUAUAAAGUCUCUAAUAAUAAAAUUACAAACAAAGAACAAAGAGUUGUGAAAAAUACAGUAACAGAACCUUCAUUAACAAGAGAAACAAGUCCAAUAUCAUCUAUGGAAUAUAUUAGAUCAUCUACUGAUCCAAAUAAUAAAAAAUCUAAACAAUGUAACUCAAUUAUUGAAGAAAAUCCAAAAUAUAUUUUAGAAAAACCAAUUUACAUAUCUAAUUCUAGUAAUUUGAAAAAAAUAAUACUUCCUAGUAUUGAAAUACUAUCAGAGAUACAAAAUCCUACAAUUAAACAAACAAAAUUAGAAUAUUCUUCAUUUGGAUUACCUGAAUUAUAUUAUUCCAAUGGAAUGUCAUUUAAAUAUAAUAUACAAUCUUUUUUAAUGAUUAGAUUCCAAUUUUUGUUACAUUUAGCAGCUAUUGUUAUUCAAUGCUAUUAUAGGAGAUAUAAAUGUAUGAAAGAUUAUAAGAUUAAAAUGUUAGGACCUUUAAAUAUUUUAAAUUCUUCUGCUAAACAAAUUCAAGCUUGUUGGCGUGGAUUUCUUACUAGAUUUGGAGGAAUUAUGUAUCAAAAUUGGAUAAAUUGUUCAGUUGUACGGAAUAAAUUUACAAAUAGAAUUAUUUAUGAUUUUAAAAAGUCCAAUUGUGAUUCACUUAAUAAUGAUAUUUUAAAUAUAAAUAAAGAGAAAAAUAAUAGUUCAAAACUUCCAAAUAGAAUUGAAUAUAAUUGGACUCUUUUACAUCAAAAAUAUAUGUUAUCAAUAAUAUAUAAUAGGAAUAAGAGUGCAUCCAAAAUUCAAAAGUAUUGGCGAGAUGUAUAUAUAAUGGACUAUGAAAUUUCGAAGGCUAUUCUUAUAGAAUCUAUAUUAUCUGCAAGAUUACUUGCUGCACAGGUAAUUAAUAAAUAUAUAUUAGGUAUUAUUACAAGAAAAGCUAUUGAUAAAUAUUAUAGAAUAACUCAAAUUAACUGGCCUUGGAAUAUACAUAAAAUAGAUAGUAUUUAUAUAAUAUCUAAUCAUAGUUAUCCCCCAUGGAAAGUUCCUCAAAAAAUGUGGUUUGAUAAAAAUAAACAGUGUUUUACAUAUUCACUUUUUUUACCAAUUGGAACUUAUCAAAUUGCAUUUAAAAUUAUAUAUAAUAAUAAUAUACAUGAAGACUUAGAAAAGUAUAAAAAAUUAAUAGAUUGUAAUCAAUCAACUCAAAUAUCUAAUAAACAAAAUUCUUUAAUGCUUUCAACUAAUAUUCAAUGUAAUUCAACCUUAGAAAUUAUAAAACAUCCCAAAUUCAAGUUUGUUAAUCUAAUACAUAUUACAGAUAAAAAUCCUAGUACUUUUAAGUACUUACGUGAUAAUAUAUGCCCAAUAUUGAAAAGAAUUCAUCUAAAACAAAAUCCAAAUUUGGAACAAGUUGAUAAUAUUGAUAAUAAAAUUGAUGAAGUACAAGAAAAUUUAGAUAUAUCUAAAGAGUUUCUAAUUGAUAAUUAUACAGAUAAAUGCAUAUUAAAUAACCAUAAUGAAUUAUCCUCUCAAUCAAUAGAUUUUAAUGAUAACUUUGAGAUAUUUACACCUAGACAAUUAAUCAAUACUGAUGAAAAAUAUAAGACUAAUCUAUUACAAAAUUUUGAAUUGAAUACUCCUGAUAGCUUAACACAUACUAGUAGUACAAUGGCUGGAUAUACUCCAAAUAAUAUUGAUUCUUGUAAAUCUGAACAUUACAGCAAACUACUCAGUGAAGAUGAUUAUUCAGGAGAUUUAAUUGAUAUCCUUAAUCAAUUAUUUUUAAAUGAUGAUAACUAG